UACAUUUUCUUUCUAUUUACAGGCAAUGGUUGGGAGUUGUAGCUCAAGGCCGUGUAAAGCAAACCAAAGGUGUUUUAAAAAAGGUGCUUCACAUGUGUGUCAAGAUAUAAGUACAACUUGUGAUUUUGAUCAGAAAAUUGAAAACGGCGAAGUGCAAAUUAGUGCACCUGGCAAAAACAAGUUCCUCGACGUAGCUUUAGUAAAAUGUGACAAAGGAUAUGGUCCCAGUCAACAAAACGUGAAAUGUGAGGCUUCGGGAAAAUGGCAGCAUGCAACGUGUACAAAAUUACCAAGUGAUUGUAAAGAAGCCCUUGAUGUACUCCCUGUGGCAAAAAGUGGACAAUAUGAGAUAGAACUUUGGAAAUCUGGGAAGAUUCUGACUGUGAAUUGUGACAUGGAAACCGAAGGCGGAGGUUGGACGAUAUUUCAAAGGCGAAUGGACGGGUCAGUGGACUUUUAUCGCAAUUUUACAGAAUAUGAGAAUGGCUUUGGGAACAUUGGUGGUGAGUUGUGGCUAGGUUUAAAGUAUAUACAAGAACUAGCGGAACAAGGUUCUACGGAGGUUCGUCUUGACAUGACGUCAGGUCGUGAUAAUACAAUAGGACAUGAAACUUGUCAAGACUUUAAGUUAACGGAAGGAACACAAUAUAAACUAAACAUUGGGUCAUGCACAUAUCAAAAUUCUGGAUUUGCUUAUAGUAAUCAAAUGCCAUUUUCAACUUACGACCGUGAUCUCGACAGAAGCGAAUCUUAUAACUGUGCCGUGAUAAGACAUGGAGCCUGGUGGCAUCACGCUUGUAAUAAAGUCAACCUAAAUGGAAAAUAUGUGACGCCUGGUAGUUAUUCAGAUGAAGGACACUGGCAUUCUGAGUUUGAUAACUUGUAUACAUUAAGAAGGUCAUCAAUGAUAAUAAGAAGAAAAUAAG